AUGUGUGCCCAGCUUUCGAAGGGCUUUGUCAGCACUCUGUUAGUAAAUGUGCGGAAGGCAUUUCCUCAGAUGAGAUCAGUAACAGUAUCCACCAUGGGAAAAACAAAAUGCAAGAUUCAGAAAUUGUCUCCGACACUAUAUGGUACAGCCCUCCAUUCCACUACCUCUGACAAGCCUUUAACAGUUUGUGUUGAAGGAAACAUUGCCAGUGGGAAGACAACAUUUUUAGAACAUUUUAAGAAAUAUUCAAAUGUUGAGGUGUAUGAAGAACCAGUUAAAAAAUGGAGGAAUGUCGAGGGACACAAUGUUUUGGCAAAAAUGUAUGAAGAUCCAAAUCGAUGGUCACUGACAUUACAAACCUAUAUCCAGUUAACAAUGCUUGACAGACAUGUCCAAGUACCAGAGGAUCGGCAAGUGAAAUUAAUGGAAAGGUCCAUUCACAGUGCAAGGUAUUGCUUUGUGGAAAACCUGUACAAAAGUGGUAAGAUGACCGACAUGGAAUAUGUUGUUCUGAUAGAAUGGUUUCAUUGGAUAAGACAACAUCAUGAUUUGAAUGUUGAUUUAAUAGUUUACCUCCAAACAAGACCAGAGACAGUUUAUGAAAGAAUAAGAAAAAGAUGCAGACAAGAAGAGACUACCAUUCCAAUCGAAUACCUAUGUUCAUUACAUGACUUGCAUGAAGACUGGCUUGUAGAGAGAUCAAAGUUUCCGACAGAUUGUCCGGUAUUGGUGAUUGAUGCUAACUUAGAGACAGAGGAAAUGAUUAAAAUCUAUGAGGAAAAAAGUCCAGAAAUAUUGUUCCAACAACCAGAACCUUUACAACUGGAAUCUGCAUUAGGUAGCUGAUGUGACCUUGUAUAGGCAAAUCUUCUCUACUAUUGCUGGAAAAUAGAAAACUGGAGGCGAUGUCUCUUUACUACCUUGGUAAAGGUGAAAACCGGAGCAUAUGCUGGAUUUCAUCGUAGGAAAAGCUCACUAGUUUGCUAGUCAAGCCUUGACUGAAAUGAAAUAUUGUAGCCCUCUGCUAUAGAGGGGUUUGAAUCCAGCAUUCCAUAAGCAGGUAAAUGACAGGAAAUGUGAGAUCUGAGUAGAUCAUUUAUCAAUCUACUGCUUCAGGUUUGACAGAAAUCUCAGUGUUGCUUGAUUUUCUGGUCCAUUUAAGAAGUAGGGCAAUCAGUAGGAAAGUUUUAUAUGGAUGAAUCUCUGAUGAAAUUCUAAGAAUUUUGUUGAUAUGGUAGCAGGGAACACUUACUUGAUAAAAUGAACUUGGGGACCCAGAAUUGACAGCUUGAUGUAUCAAUUCUUUCAUGUUACCUGAAUCAGUACAAAGGGCUUAAUGUUGUUUUAGGGGACACUGCUUAACCUGAUACUUCACGAUUCAAAUUCAAAUGCUAGAAAGAUAAUUUUCCAAAGGAUGUUUUUGUAUAGGAAAAUCUGAUCACAAAAUUGAAAUAUCAGAAAUAUUUGGAAAAGGAUUUUUUGUUACCAGAAAUUCUGAUAACAAAAUGCAUUGUCUGAAAAAGUUGGAAAGAAUCUUUUCUGAAAAUUUUCAUUUGCAUCUAAUGUUUUAAGUGAUAGUCCUUUAAGAUGUUCACUUCAAACAGUGCUUAAAAAUCUUGUAGUAGCAAUAUCUACUGUAAAAUUCUCCAGUAAAAUCGUUAUUUCCAUGGUGCUUUAUUUUCAUAUUUUUCAUAGUUUUUUAGUUUCAUAAAAAUACAGAUAUUUAGUUCCUUUUUUACGUAUGUUUUUAGGAUACAAAUUUAAUAUUUCUGCCAUGUUUGUUUUAAACUCUCGUAAAAUUAAGGUUAUCUAUACUAUUAUUAUUAUUUAGAUACUAUUUACACAUAUUCGCAUUUGAAAUGAUAUUCUGUAUAUGUUCUUAGAAAUCAAGGAAACCAGUGUAAAACAUGGGAUGAUGUUUUCUUGUCCACAACCCUCAGAUAGUUUUGAUGUGACAUUCAGUGUCUGUCUUUUAAUUAUGUUUGUAUUUUAAAAGGUGAGGAGAGUAAAAUUAAAGUUAAAUUAAAACAGGCGUAUUUUCAUUGUGCAUGAAAGGAAUUAGUUGCUAUUGUGAGAAAAUGUCCUGUAGAUGUUUUUGAUAAAUCAUUUGUUUCAUGAAUCACAUGUUUGAAGACAUGGGACUAUUUAAAGUUACUAGGGUACUUGCAUUGAGGGCAUUGUGGAUAUAACGCUGAAGUUAAAUAUCUUGUUUCAGUUGUAUUAUAAUGUCAUAUGUACAUUUAAACGAGAGUAAACAUUGAAUAUUGUGUAUAAUUUGUUGUGUACGCUGUAGUUUAUUGUUAAAAUCCUGUUUCAUUAAGCAUCCAAUCUGCCAUUUAAUAUCUUAUUCUACUAUUGAAAUGUCCUCUACCUUUAAUCCAAUUUAAGCAGAUAUUUACUGCAUAAUUUUCUUCAAAAAUGAAUGAAAAAGAUCAUAUGUAGGUCAUUCUAGGGCUAAAAAUUUUGCAAUGUCUCGAUGUACCUUGAUUAUGUCUAAAGGGAAUUUUUGCACAAUUUUUGCCCUUAAUUAACAAGCUAAUUUGGCUGGUUCGAGUAAAAGGUAAUAAUGGGAUUUUGAUAAUCUACUCAGUAACAUAUUAUUGUUUUAAUGAAAGUUGUGAGAAUCCAUUUAUCAUAGAAUUUUAUCAAAUUCGUUACUUUAUUUACAGUCCAAAUUAAGCAGAUAUUUACUGCAUAAUUUUCUUCAAAAAUGAAUGAAAAAGAUCAUAUGUAGGUCAUUCUAGGGCUAAAAAUUUUGCAAUGUCUCGACGUACCUUGAUUAUGUCUAAAGGGAAUUUUUGCACAAUUUUUGCCCUUAAUUAACAAGCUAAUUUGGCUGGUUCGAGUAAAAGUUAAUAAUGGGAUUUUGAUAAUCUACUCAGUAACAUAUUAUUGUGUUUUAAUGAAAGUUGUGAGAAUCCAUUUAUCAUAGAAUUUUAUCAAAUUCGUUACUUUAUUUACAGUCCAAAUUAAGCAGAUAUUUACUGCAUAAUUUUCUUCAAAAAUGAAUGAAAAAGAUCAUAUGUAGGUCAUUCUAGGGCUAAAAAUUUUGCAAUGUCUCGACGUACCUUGAUCAUGUCUAAAGGGAAUUUUUGCACAAUUUUUGCCCUUAAUUAACAAGCUAAUUUGGCUGGUUCGAGUAAAAGGUAAUAAUGGGAUUUUGAUAAUCUACUCAGUAACAUAUUAUUGUGUUUUAAUGAAAGUUGUGAGAAUCCAUUUAUCAUAGAAUUUUAUCAAAUUCGUUACUUUAUUUACAGUCCAAAUUAAGCAGAUAUUUACUGCAUAAUUUUCUUCAAAAAUGAAUGAAAAAGAUCAUAUGUAGGUCAUUCUAGGGCUAAAAAUUUUGCAAUGUCUCGACGUACCUUGAUUAUGUCUAAAGGGAAUUUUUGCACAAUUUUUGCCCUCAAUUAACAAGCUAAUAUGGCUGGUUCGAGUAAAAGUUAAUAAUGGGAUUUUGAUAAUCUACUCAGCAACAUAUUAUUGUGUUUUAAUGAAAGUUGUGAUAAUCCAUUUAUCAUAGACUUUUAUCAAAUUCGUUACUUUAUUUACAUUUUGUUAACUGCCUAUUAAAAGUUGGAUGUCUAUGGUUAUUGGAUCUGAAGGGUAUUUAUCAGGUCUUAUCUUCAUCUGCAUAUGUAUAAGAUGUACUCUUGUUCACCUAGCUGCUUGAUUACCAUGUCUGUAGCAUAUGUAAGAAGUAUUUUAUUUGUGAUUUAGUUACAAUUAUUUUUUGUAUACCGGGUAUAUUUAUAUGUAUGUAUUUGUCAGAAAUAAAAAAAAUAUGAAACAUGAU